AUGCUGUGGCGGACCAUCACCAAGGUGACGGUGCAGAUGACCAAGACCAACGCCGUACACAUUCGCUUUACGACGCUCCUAGGUCGGCUCCACGAGGCGCUUGUUCAAGGCAUUACGUUUCUGCACGCGUCGCCUUCCGUCGUCGACUUUCUCGAAGGCAAGCCGGUCCUAUGCCCGCAAUCCGACGCCGACAUCGAGUACGACGCGGUCGUUGCAGGCUUGCGACACGUCGACACACGGGCUGCCGCGUGUCUGGCGGCCGGCGUAAAGCACGUCAUCGCCGUGAGCUCGAACUGGGAUAUGGCUGAAGACGCGGUGAACGUCUUUGCUCGGUCGCUCUACACGAUGCUUGCGCGCGGACGCGGAAUCGACGACGGAUUCAACGGGACGACGUUCGACGUCAGCCGAUCCAACAUUUUCUGCGUCGUUGAUGUUUCUGCGUCGUGGAUAUUCGAUCGGCGGACGUCGAACGUUGCCACGUUAAAUCCGUCGUCGAUGCCGCGUCCGCGCCCAAGCAUCGUGUAG